AUGGCUUCCAUUGAAAAGGCGGAAGCAAGCGAAAUCGAUCGCGUGUCAGAUGGCGAUGGGGGCCACCGGCGCAGCCAUGGCCAUGACCAUGCAAGGCUAUCCGAGCGAGAGGAGAUUGGUCGCAUCGACGCCAUGGCCGACGCUCCUGGGGUGUCGAUGGAGAGUUUUGCGCAUUUGGACGAGAAGAAAAUUCUUCGCAAAAUGGACAUGCGUUUGAUCCCGAUGCUCGCCUUGUUGUACCUCUUGUCAUUCUUGGAUCGUGGAAACAUUGGAAACGCCAAAAUCGAGGGACUACAAGAAGACUUGGGCAUGACCUCUGAUCAAUACAACUGGUGUCUCACCGUCUUCUUCUUCAGCUACGCCGCCUUUGAAGUUCCCAGCAAUCUGCUACUGAAAAAGCUCCGUCCCAGCCGCUGGUUGCCUCUGAUCAUGGUCGUCUGGGGCACUGUAAUGACUCUCAUGGGUAUUGUACAAAGCUACUCGGGCCUUCUCGCUGCUAGGUUCUUCCUGGGAGUUGCCGAGGCCGGGUUAUUCCCUGGAUGUGCUUAUUACCUCACCAUGUGGUACUGCCGUCAUGAGAUCCAGCUCAGACAAGCAAUGUUCUUUUCCGCGGCUUCAAUAGCUGGCGCUUUCAGUGGCCUCUUGGCGUUUGGCAUUUCGAAAAUGGAUGGCGUAGGAAACCUCGAAGGAUGGCGGUGGAUCUUCAUUUUGGAGGGUAUCGCCACUGUCAUUGUUGCGGCUCUCGCUUUUUUCUGUCUUCACGAUUUUCCCGAGACGGCCAAGUUCUUGACCGAAGAAGAGCGCGCAUUCGUCGUGUUCCGCCUCAAGUACGGACAGGACAAGAAGGCCGAAUCAAAGGGUCAGAGGUCUGUGGCCGAAGUUGAUGAGUUCCAGUGGAAGUAUGUUUGGCAAGCUUUCCGUGACUGGCAGAUCUGGAUCAAUAUUUUCGUUUAUUGGGGGAUUGUCUGCCCCUUAUAUGGUAUCAGCCUCUUUCUCCCAACAAUUAUCAAAUCACUUGGCUAUGCUUCGACAACUGCCCAGCUUCUCACUGUUCCUAUCUACAUCACGGCUGCCAUUCUUGCUGUCCUUUUCGCCUAUAUUUCGGAUCGUGUGGGAAAGCGUAGCCCAUUUGUGGUUUCGUUUUUACUCAUGAUGAUUUUAGGAUUCGCCAUGUGCAUCUCUACCUCCAACCCAAAGGUCAUCUACGGCGGCGUCUUUGUCGCGGCGUGUGCCAUUUACCCAUCCUUUCCCGGCAAUAUCGCGUGGCUCAGCAACAACCUCGCGGGCAGCUACAAGCGGAGCGCGGGCAUGGCGAUCCAGAUUGGCGUGGGCAACCUCGGCGGCGCCAUGGCGUCCAACUUCUAUCGUGCACGCGAUGCGCCGCAAUACCAUUUGGGGCACGCCCUGGAACUGGCGUUCAUCUCGGUAGGCAUCGCGGCAGCGUUGAUACAGGUCUUUUCCUACGCGGCUAUCAAUAAGAAACGAGCCCGUCAUUUGCAAAAUGGGGAUCAGUUCAGUCAGGCAGAACUGGCUGCCAAGGGAGACAAGGCUGUUACUUUCAGAUACAUGUAUUGA